AUGCCCAUCGACCCGAACGAUAACAAAGUCAUCGCUAAAAUACUGAUACUCGGUCCAACGAAGGUGAAUUUGUCCCAUUUUCCACUGUUCUCUCACUCAACGUUUCGGUUUUAGGCCGGAAAAACGACGUUAUGCACGUUUCUCGCGGAUUUCAUGGAGGACAGCGAUGCGUUGCAGAAAGGCGAAAAUCCAGGAGACAGAGAGCGGAAAUUCGAGUUUGAGUUUAUGAAGACUUAUCGACCGACAAAGGGUACUGAUGAGUGAAAGGAUUGAUGCGCGAAAAUAUAUGUUUUGAUUGCAGGGGUCCGUAUCCAAGAGUUCGAGACGCACGAGUUCUUUUCCGAACAAGAGCAACACGAUCUGGGCACGAAUCGGAGACUCGCCAACUCGGAGAUUCAGUUGUGGGAUGUCAGUGGUGAUCGGAAGUGAGCUCUGGAGUCUACAUAGUUGAGCGAAUUAAAAGAGCAUUGUGAAACAGUGAGGACAUUUUCGAGAUAUCCUUCUCACGGUUCAUUAGUUUUGAGCGUGUCAAAACGUUGGAACUUUAGUGCUUUCAUGGCAAUAACUGAACGUUUCGCUGAUUUUACCGUUUUUUGACUGUGAAACGUUUUAGCGACAUGCACGGUCUCGAGAGCUGACAAUGGGCGCAAGUGCGCCCCGCCCAAUAGAGCGAUACAUUGGCGCGGAAUUCAAAUUUUAACAGAAAAAUUUGUGUUUUUUGCCAGAUUAGCCACGAAAAACCGAUAAAUUUUCAUUUUUCUCUCGAUAGACUGAUUUUAUAGGCUAUUACGAAUUUUUUAAGCGCAAGAGCGUCAAAUUUGAUCAAGUUUGAAAGUUUUUCGCUAAAACUGCGUGAAUUUCAGUUGCUUUUCGGUAAUUUUCUCUGUUCGAGCGCUCAAAAUGCUUGUAUUUACGUGAUUUAUCAUUUUCAAAACCAAUUCUGUCUGAAAACGGUCAAGAAAGCGCAAAAUGAGAAGUGCGGUUUUUAGGCGGCGAUCGGCGGCGAAGGCGAAAAAGCAAAGUCCGCUGAAAAUGCGCCAAAACGUGAUUAAUUCUGUGAGAAUUAGUGUGUUUUCAUGUCGAACAAUCAUUUUUCAUCGCCUUUGACCACAAAAAUCAGAGAAAACGUGCUCAAUUCAGGAAAACGCCAUUUGGCCGAGGCCACGCCCAUAUUGUCAGCUCUGGAGACCGUGGCGCGCAUACUGUUACUAACGAUUUUUGAAUGCUGACUAGAGAAAUGGAGGCGUUAAAAAUAUAAAUUUUGUACUUGAAACAUGAAAUUAUAUGCUGACUGAACCACAUCACACUCCCUAGAUACGAAGACUGUUGGCCGGCGAUCAAAGAGGGUGCGGACGGAGUGAUUUUGGUGGCGAAUCCCGAGGAGCACACGGGAAAAGAUCUGCAGCUGUGGUACGAGGAGUUUGUGGAGCGAGAGAAGAUGGAUUUGAAGUGUGUCAUGGUGAUACUCAACGAGCAGGGCGCCCGCAAGACCAAUCAUGAACAGAUUUCGGGCUUCGAGUACGUUUUGCUUGCGCUAUUCUUCACUCAAAAUGAUGCGCUUCCUUUUUUAGAAUUCUGCCGCAACUUCGUGGCGUUAAUCACGCCGCGCAUCAUUUUGGCUCCGAGGCGAUGCAAGUGAAAAUGGAGGUGAACGCGUUUAUGGCGGCUGUUUUGCGAAUGGAUCAGCGGAUGAGCGCGAUGGAAUCGAUGGAGCUCGCCGAGGAGCACGGCCUCGAGCACGUCUAUCGAGGAGCGGACGAGGACGAUGACGACGAGGAAAAGGAUAGAAGAGAAGAGGAGGAUUUGGAUGACUUUUGA